AUGGCUCUGCUGGUGCGGAGGGCACGGAGGGCGGCGACCAAGGCCGCGGUGUCGCUCGGCGGCGGCGGCAGCAGCAGCAGCAGCGUGGAGCUUGCGAUCCCGGCGCACUUCCGGUGCCCGAUCUCGCUGGACCUCAUGCGGGACCCCGUCACGGCGCCAACGGGGAUCACGUACGACCGUGAGAGCAUCGAGGCGUGGCUGGACACGGGCCGCGCCACCUGCCCUGUCACCCACGCGCCGCUCCGCCACGAGGACCUCGUCCCCAACCACGCCAUCCGCCGCGUCAUCCAGGACUGGUGCGUCGCCAACCGGUCCCGCGGCGUCGAGCGCAUCCCCACGCCCAAGAUCCCCGUCACGCCCGUCCAGGCCUCUGAGCUCCUCUUCAACCUCGCCGGAUCCGCGCGACGCCGCGACGCCGCCGCGCGGUGCGCCGAGGUGGUCGCCAAGAUAAAGGCCCUCGCCGGGGACAGCGAGCGGAACAGGCGCUGCUUCGCGUCCAUCGGCACGGGCCGCGUGCUCGCCGCCGCGUUCGAGUCGCUCGCUGCUGCUGCUGACGCCGCACCGGCGGGGCGCGUCCUUGAGGACAUCCUGGCGGCAUUGGUCUGCAUGAUGCCGUUGGACGAGGAGGCCGCCAGGACGUUGGGCUUGCCGACCUCGCUGGGGUCUCUGGUCGCCAUUGCUGAGAACGGGAGCUUGGCGGGAAGGCUGAACGCCGUGCUGGCAAUCAAGGAGGUCGUCUCGUGCGACGGAGUGUUCACUGAUCUGAGCGGAAAGAUCGACGAGAUCGUAGACGCGCUGUCAAAGAUCAUCAAGUCUCCGAUCUGCCCACAGGCAACCAAGGCCGGCAUGGUCGCCACCUAUCACCUGGCGCUAUACGACGAGCGUGUCGCGGCGCGCCUUGCUGCCGCCGGGCUCGUCCCCGUGCUCAUCGAGGCCCUUGUAGACGCCGACAAGAGCAUGUCCGAGAAGGCACUGGCUGUGCUCGACGCGGUGCUUGCCUCGGAGGAAGGCCGCGCAAGCGCGCGGGCGCACGCGCUCGCCGUGCCCAUGCUCGUCAAGAAGAUGUUCCGCGUGUCCGACCUGGCCACCCAACUCGCCGUGUCGGCGAUGUGGCGGCUUGGAAAGGCGCACAGCGACGGCGAGGAGGAGGAUGAUGCGGUGACGCGGUGCCUUGUCGAGGCGCUGCGGGUUGGGGCGUUCCAGAAGCUGCUCCUGCUCUUGCAGGUCGGCUGCAGGGACGCAACCAAGGAGAAGGCCACCGAGCUGCUCAAGAUGCUCAACAAGUACAAGAGCGUAGGCGAAUGCGUCGACGCUGUGGAUUUCAGAGGCCUGAACAAGUUGUCAUCUUAA